CCAAUCAGGAGGAAACAUCCAGAAUCACCUCACUGUAACAGUGUGGCUCGAAAACAGGACAGCUAGUGUGCUAAUACUCUGACAGAAAGCUAAAAACAUAACACUUUUUAUUUAUUAUAUUGAGUUGUUUAUCUGCCUUGAUAACAGCCGGAUAACCAACACACACCGCAGCCCUAGACUGGACCAUGGUCGGCGUUAAAGUGAUCGGGAGUGACCCGGAUUUCCAGCCGGAGCUAGCGGCCGCCGGCUCCAAGCUCGCCGUGGUGAAGUUCACAAUGGCUGGGUGUCAACCCUGUGUCAGAAUAGCUCCAGUUUUCAACAUGUUGAGCAACAAGUACCCACAGGCCAUCUUCCUUGAAGUAGAUGUUCAUGUCUGUCAGGCAACGGCAGCGACAAACGGCAUUUCAGCCACACCAACGUUCUUGUUCUUCAGGAACCGGGUCCGGGUGGAUCAGUAUCAGGGGAUAGACGCUGCAGGUCUCGAGGAGAAAAUCAAACAACACACAGAGAACGACCCCGGAAACAGCGAGGACUCCGACAUUCCAAAGGGAUAUAUGGAUCUCAUGCCUUUUGUCAACAAAGCCGGCUGUGAGUGCCUCAACGAGAGCGACGACUGCGGCUUCGAUAAUUGCUUAAUCAAAGACUCCACCUACCUGGAGUCCGACUGUGAUGAACAGUUGCUGAUAACUAUCGCCUUCAACCAGCCGGUGAAGCUCUUUUCUAUGAAGCUACUGUCCUCAGACUUCGCUCAAGCCCCAAAGGAGGUGAAAGUGUUCAUAAAUCUCCCCCGGUCGAUGGGGUUUGACGACGCUGAGCGGAGUGAAGCCACUCAAAGUCUGGAGCUUUCAGAGGAAGACUACAAAGAUGACUGUUUGAUUCCUCUGCGUUACGUCAAGUUUCAGAACGUUCAGAGUGUUACGUUGUUUGUCAAGUCAAACCAAGGAGAUGAAGAGACGACAAAAAUCAACUACCUGACAUUCAUAGGCACCCCUGUACAGGCCACCAACAUGAAUGACUUCAAGAGGGUUGUGGGAAGAAAAGGAGAAAGUCACUGAGCCAGAGACCUAAUGCCAGAAUGAGAGGAAGAGGAGGCUGUAGAUACAUCCAUGGACUUUCCCUUUGCCAAAGCUGCCACACACUCUGCUUUCACACACACAAACACACACAUAAACACACACAGCCUACCGCUGACCUCCUCUAGAUCUGAAUGAAUUCUUCAUUUAUGGAGAGUCAGACUAUAAAAAUUGUUUGUAUUGUAAUUCUGAUGAAAAUCACUGUAAAUAAAACACAAUCCUUUUUCAAA